AUGCGGCUUGGGCUGUGUGUGGUGGCCCUGGUUCUGAGCUGGAUGCAUCUCGCUGCCGGCAGCCGGGGGAUCAAGGGGAAGAGGCAGAGGCGGAUCAGCGCCGAGGGGAGCCAGGCCUGUGCCAAAGGCUGUGAGCUCUGUUCGGAGGUCAACGGCUGCCUUAAGUGCUCACCCAAGCUGUUCAUCUUGCUGGAGAGGAACGACAUCCGCCAGGUGGGCGUCUGCUUGCCGUCCUGCCCACCUGGAUACUUUGAUGCCCGCAACCCUGACAUGAACAAGUGCAUCAAAUGCAAGAUCGAACACUGUGAGGCCUGCUUCAGCCACAACUUCUGCACCAAGUGUAAGGAGAGCUUGUACCUGCACAAGGGCCGCUGCUAUCCCGCCUGUCCCGAGGGCUCUGCGGCUGCCAACGGCACCAUGGAGUGCAGCAGCCCCGCACAAUGUGAAAUGAGCGAGUGGUCUCUGUGGGGGCCGUGCUCCAAGAAGAAGAAGCUCUGUGGCUUCCGGAGGGGCUCGGAGGAGCGGACACGGAGGGUGCUCCACGCCCCUGGGGGGGACCACACCGUCUGCUCCGACACCAAGGAGACCCGGAGGUGCACGGGGAGGAGGACACCCUGCCCGGAGGGGCAGAAGAGGAGGAAAGGCGGCCAGGGCCGGCGGGAGCAUGCCAACAGGAACCCCGGCCGGAAGGAGAACAAGGAGGCGGGUGCCGGCGCUCGGAGACGCAAGGGCCAGCAGCGGCAGCAGCAAGGGACAGUGGGGCCGGUCACCUCUGCGGGGUCCACCUAG